AUGCGAAUUGAACCUGCUGCUCCGGAAGACAGCCCACCACAUGCAGGCGUGGGGACACUCCGGCGCUAUAUAUCUCCCGGCCGCCAGUCGAGCAGCAGCAGCAGUUCAAGCUUCCCCUGUUUAAUCAGCCACCUAGCCAUCGUCGUUUCUUGCAUAGCCAAGGAGAGAGGCGAGAAGAUGGCGUCGAGGGCUGCGACGAUGGUGGCGCUGCUGCUCGCGGCGGUGGCGGCGACGUGCGCGCGGGCGCAGCUGCACGAGAAGUUCUACAGCGAGUCGUGCCCCAGCGUGGAGGACGUGGUGAGGAGGGAGAUGGUGAGGGCGCUGUCCCUGGCGCCCAGCCUCGCCGGGCCGCUCCUCCGGAUGCACUUCCACGACUGCUUCGUCAGGGGGUGCGACGGCUCGGUUCUGCUGGACUCGGCCAACAAGACGGCGGAGAAGGACGCGCAGCCGAACCAGACGCUCCGUGGCUUCGGCUUCGUCGAGAGGGUGAAGGCCGCCGUGGAGAAGGCCUGCCCCGACACCGUUUCCUGCGCCGACGUCCUCGCCCUCAUUGCCAGGGACGCAGUAUGGCUGAGCAAGGGUCCAUUCUGGACAGUUCCCCUCGGCCGGCGAGACGGCAGCGUGUCCAUAUCCAACGAGACCGACGCGCUGCCACCCCCGACCGCCAACUUCACCGUGCUCACCCAGCUCUUCGCCGCUGUCAACCUCGACGCCAAGGACCUGGUCGUCCUCUCCGCCGGGCACACAAUAGGGACGUCGCACUGCUUCUCCUUCUCCGACCGACUCUACAACUUCACCGGCAUGGAGAACCCCAGCGACAUCGACCCAACGCUGGAGCCACAGUACAUGAUGCGGCUAAAGAGCAAGUGUGCCAGCCUCAACGACAACACCACCCUUGUGGAGAUGGACCCCGGCAGCUUCAAGACCUUCGACACCGACUACUUCAAGCUGGUGAGCAAGCGGAGGGGCCUCUUCCACUCCGACGGUGCCCUCCUCACCGACCCCUUCACCCGCGCCUAUGUCCAGCGCCACGCCACCGGCGCCUUCAAGGAGGAGUUCUUCGCCGACUUCGCGGCCUCCAUGAUCAAGAUGGGCAAUGCCAAUCCGCUCACUGGCAGCCAGGGCGAGAUCAGGAAGAAGUGCAGCGUGGUGAACCAUUAA